AUGCUCCAGCAAGGAUAUUGCGAUCUAACACACGCGGACUUAUCAAGUGGCAGUGAAACGAACAAUAAUACACCGUUUUCGGUGAAGGACAUACUCAACAUGGUCGAAUCAGGUGCAGGAGUCAUGGACGGCUACCUAAACUGUCAAAUGGAAAGUGCCCCUAACCACUUUUCAUACUCGUCUUACACCGGCUAUGAAGCUUCCUAUCAUCCACCGGAUCCGUACGGCAUGAUUUCCCAUGGAUACCUAUCGCAAGCCCACCAUCAUCAUGACCUCAACUAUGGAACCUCUACAUACGAUUUUAGCUCGGGCCCCGUUCCUUCAACCGUCCUGCCGCCACAUCUACCUCCACCGCAUUAUUCACACACCCAAUCGUAUGGCUAUCAUAACGCUACGCUCAGCUCGGCCACUAUCUCCGCCAACACGACAUCCAGCCCAGCACUCAGUUCCGUGGCCAGCUCUGUGGGAUCCGAGCUGGAACUAGGAGCUUACGGCAAUCCGGAAAAGCCCCCGGUACUGAGCGACCACGAACAUCCGUGCUCCAGCUUUCUGCUGCAGGAUGUAAGACCCACCCUGCUGGACACUAGCACACCGUUGGAUAAUGCUUCGGAUACGAGAAGCCCUCCCGAUGGCAUCAAGGUAAAAGAGGAGUCCUUUUCCAGCGUUUCCACGUGCGUAACGUCGGAACACGUGCAGGAACUGGACAGUCUCUGUCAGCUGAACAACACCACCACCAUGGAAGAGGAUAUGUUGCAAAAAGAAUGCAGCACCCAACUCGUCACCUCGUCCCGUUGCGAGCUGCGCAAGAACGGUAAGCUGCGGGCAAAACGAAAGCCACGCAUUCUCUUCUCCCAGGGGCAGGUGUUGGAGCUCGAGCGAAGAUUUCGCCAGCAGCGCUACCUAUCGGCACCGGAGCGCGAAACGCUUGCCAGCAUCUUGAAGUUGACGCCGACCCAGGUGAAGAUAUGGUUUCAAAACCGUCGCUACAAAUCGAAACGCGUCCAGAUAGAGAGUGCGUCCGCGUCCAAAUGUGACACAACGUCCGCGGCUCCCGGUCCCAGAUGUCCGUCGGACUCGGGAUCCAGCAGUAAGGAUUACGAUGAGCUAGCGCUCGGGAUCGUGGUUGGAUCGGGGUCGGGAACUUACGGUGGCGCGUUCCACGGAUCGAACGGUACGGGAACGGUUUCAACGAUGGGAUCCAGCAUGAGCACGCCGAUCGGUGGAGGAUCAUCGGCAACAGCACCGCCACCUCCCUAUCCGACUUAUGGCCUCCAGUACGCUGACCAAUACGGCUCCACACCUCCUCCUCCACCACCGCCAAACCCAUAUUACGAUCAAAAAGUCUCCUACUGGUAG